AUUUUAUCAUCAUAUACCCAAAUUGGGAGCUGCUUUUCUUUCUUUUAUCCUCUUUUACUUUUCAGUGAUCGACCGAUCUCUCUCUCCCUCUCUCGUUGGCAGGCGUUUGCAAUUAAGUGACAAAUUCAGCUCUGAUGCUGUUACGGAUUCGUGAAACUGUGUUGUAGUAGUUGCUCUGAAAUUUGAUCGAAAGGGAAAUGGAGGAAGGGAGGUCCACGGCAUCUGGAAUCGAAGCUGAUUCAGUGUCAUUGAGCCAACGCCGCUCCAAUUUCAUAUACCAGUUUACUCAGCAAAGUCUACCAGCUUGUAAACCUGUCCUAUCACCUGUGUGGGUGGUUUCGGUAUUUUUCGUGGUCGGGGUGUUAUUUAUCCCGGUUGGGAUUGGCUGUCUUCAUGCUUCAAGAAGUGUUGUUGAAAUUGUCUAUAGAUAUGAUGUUGAAUGCAUUCCAGCGCCAUUCAGAGGCAACAAGCUGGCAUACAUUGCAAAUGAUUUCAUUCCCAAAAAUUGCACCAAACACCUGAAGGUUCCCAGGAGUAUGAAAGCUCCAAUAUACGUCUACUACCAGCUUGAUAACUACUACCAGAACCAUAGACGGUAUUAUAAGAGCCGAAGUGAGCGGCAGCUCUUGCAUGGAUUGGAGUACCCUGAUAUAGGUUCGUGCGCACCAGAGGAUGUUAUCAAUGGUCUCCCAGUUGUCCCAUGUGGCCUGGUUGCUUGGAGUAUGUUCAAUGACACGUUCUCUUUCUUCCGGGGAGUAGACGAAUUAAAUGUCAACAGGAAGAACAUUGCAUGGAAGAGUGACCGUGAUCAUAAAUUUGGAAAGCAUGUUUUUCCCUUCAAUUUUCAGAAUGGAAGUCUAAUCGGUGGUGCAAGACUUGACCCCAAUAUUUCUCUAAGUGAUCAAGAGGAUCUUAUUGUAUGGAUGCGCACUUCUGCUCUCCCAUCUUUCCGGAAGUUGUAUGGAAGAAUUGAGGAGGAUUUAGAUGCUGAUGAUACAAUCUCCGUCAAACUUCUGAACAACUACAAUACCUACAGUUUCAGUGGCAGCAAGAAGAUUGUUCUCUCAACAUCAAGUUGGUUAGGAGGCCAUAAUAAUUUCCUGGGGAUAGCCUACCUUUCUGUUGGCUCGUCUUUUAUAUUUGUCGCCUUUCUCUUCCUAAUGCUUCAUAUACAAAAUCCAAGAUCAUAUGUUGAUACGAGUAAUAUAUCAUGGAAUCGGAAGCACAUAUACGAUUAAAGGUAUUGAUUGAUGCAAAGAAUGCCGGGAAGGGCGUCGCUGGCCACACCUUAUUUCUGGAAGCAUUCAUCUUCUCCAGUCCUUCCUUGGCUAUCGUCUCGAACUUCAGCCCAUUCAACACCUUCUGAGGGAAGAUUGUUGGCGCGUGCAACCUCAACCCAGUUCUCAUACCUCACUUGCUUUUUCAUUUUUGUUGUGCAGCAGCAACAAAUUCUAGAGAGAGAGAGAGAGAGAGAGAGGGAUUCUUGUAGGGGGUGUGAAGUUGAUUUCUUGUAUCUAUGUAGGUUUUAGAGAGAAGAGAGAAAAUAGUUGCUGUGAAAAAGAUGUUGAAACUAUUUUGCAUAUGAGAGGCCAUUUAGGUGAAGAAACCAUUGGUGGACCCUGAAUUGUAGAAAUAAAAUGCCAAGUGUUUGGUUUCCUUGUUUUUUGUUGAAUCAAUACCUUUUGACAUGUUCAAUUUACUAUGUUUUUUCUAAUU